AUGUCAGUGACCACCGCAACGCUAGAGCAAACGCCUACCAUUUCAUUAACACAACAGAAAGCGAAACAGACAACACCAUCACAAAAUACGCAAACCACAACGAAAGUAACACCAACAACAACCACUUUCACACAAACAACGACAGCUACCAUACCAACAACGGCCACUACCACACCUAAAAUUAUCACUACCGCACCAACAACGGCCACUACCACAUCUAAAAUUAUCACUACCGCACCAACAACGGUCACUACAACUCAAAUAAAAACCACUACAACACCCUUAACAAGUAGUAGAACGCAUAAACCAGUAACAAACAUAAUCACAUCAACAACGAAUACUACAGCACCAAAUCCAACAAGAUCCACAUCGACAACCACAACAACACCAAAACCAGGAACGACCACUUCAACAUCAAUACUAUCGGUGAUAAAAACAACACCAAAACCAACAACGACUACUUCUACAACAAAACCAUCGACGAACUCUACAACAUCAAAACAAACAUACACCUUCUCAACAUCAAAAACAACGACGACCACUUCACUACCAAAAUCAACGACGACAACUACAACAUCAACACAAACAUCGACCAUCUCAGCACCAAAACCAACGACGACCACUACACUUCCAAAAUCAACGACGACAACUACAACAUCAAAACAAACAUCGACCAUCUCAGCAUCAAAACCAACGACGACCACUACACUUCCAAAAUCAACGACGACAACUACAACAUCAAAACAAACAUCGACCAUCUCAGCAUCAAAACCAACGACGACCACUACACUUCCAAAAUCAACGACGACAACUACAACAUCAAAACAAACAUCGACCAUCUCAGCACCAAAACCAACGACGACCACUACACUUCCAAAAUCAACGAUGACAACUACAACAUCAAAACAAACAUCGACCAUCUCAGCAUCAAAACCAACGACGACGACCACCAAAACAACAAAACCAAACCUGAAAACUGCAACAUUAAAAUUAACCGAGACAACUUCUACACGAAACCCAACGAUGACCAUAACAACAACUAAACAAACAACAACCAGUGCAAUAUCAAAACCAACAACGACCUCCACAUCGCCAAAAUUAAAAACGAGAACUUCAACAUCAAAAUUAACAAAGACAACUAUAACACCAAAACCAGCAACGACCACUUCAACAUCAAAACUAUCGUUGACCACCACAGCACUCAAACCAGCAACGACUACUUCUACAACAAAACCAACGACGACCACUUUACUACCAAAGUCAACGACGACAACUAAAAUAUAUAAACAAACAUCGACCGUCUCAACAUCAACACCAAUGUCGACCACCACUACAACAUCAAAACAAAACCUUUCCUCAACAAUAUUAAAAAUAGCCACGACAACUACUACGCGAAACCCAACGACGACCACGACAACAACAAAACCAUCAACGUCAACUUCAACACCGAAACCAACAACGAGCGCUUCAACAUCAAAUCCAAAAACGACUUCCACAUCGCUAAAAUUGAAACCGACAACUUCCACAUCAAAAUUAACGACGACAACAACAACACCCGAACCAACAACGACUACUUCUACAACAAAACCAACAUCGGACACUACACUACCAAAAUCAACGACGACAACUGCAACAUCAAAACCAACGUCGACGACCAUCACAACAACAAAGCCAACCCUGCCUACUACAACAUUUAAUGUAACCACGACAACUACUACACGAAACUCAACGACGACCACCACAUCAACAAAACAAACCACAACCAAUGGAACAACAAAACCAACAAUAACUGCUACAACAUCAAAUCCAACAACGACCUCCACAUCGCCAAAAUUAAAAACGACAACUACAACAUCAAAAUUAACAAUGACAACUAAAACACCAAAACCAAUAACGACUAUUUCAACAUCAAAACUAUCGGUGACAACAACAACACCCAAACCAACAACGACUACUUCUACAACAAAACCAACGACGGACACUACCCUACCAAAACCAACGACGACCACUUCACUACCAAAAUCAACGACGACAACCACUACAUCAAAACAAACAUUGUCCAUCUCAACAUCAAAACCAACGUCGACCACCACUACAACAUCAAAACAAAAUCUGACCACAACAACAUUAAAAAUAGCCACGACAACUACUACGCGAAACCCAACGACGACCACGACAACAAACAAACCAUCAACGUCAACUUCAACACCAAAACCAACAACGACCGCUACAACAUCAAAUCCAACAACGACCUCCACAUGGCCAAAAUUAAAAACGACAACUUCCACAUCAAAAUUAACGAUGACAACUACAACACAAAAAACAGCAACGACCACUUCAACAUUAAAACUAUCGGUGACCACCACAAACCCCAAACCGGAUACUUCUACAACAAAACCAACGGCGACCACUUCACUUCCAAAAUCAACGACGACAACCACUACAUCAAAACAAACAUUGACCAUCUUAACAUCAAAACCAACGUCGACCACCACUACAACAUCAAAACAAAACCUGACCACAACAACAUUAAAAAUAGCCACGACAACUACUACGCGAAACCCAACGACGCCCACUUCAACAACAAACUCAUUAACGUCAACUUCAACACCAAAACCAACAACGACCGCUACAUCAUCAAAUCCAACAACGACCUCCACAUCGCUAAAAUUAAAAACGACAACUUCCACAUCAAAAUUAACGAUGGCAACUACAACACCAAAAACAAUAACGACCACUUCAACAUCAAAACUAUCGGUGACCACCACAGCACCCAAACCAACAACGACUACUUCUACAACAAAACAAACGACGGCCACUACCCUACCAAAAUCAACGACGACAACUACAACAUCAACACAAACAUCGUCAAUCCCAACAUCAAAACCAACGGCGACGACCAUCACAACAACAAAACCAACCCUGCCUCUUACAUCAUUAAAAGUAACCACGAAAAGUACUACACAAAACCCAACGACAACCACGACAACAACUAAACGAACCACAACCAAUGGAACAACAAAACCAUCAAUAACCGCUACAACAUCAAAUCAAACAACGACCUCCCCAUCGCCAAAAUUAAAAACGACAACUACUACAUCAAAACUACCGGUGACCACAUCAACACCCAAACAAACAACGACUAGUUCUAAAACAAAAUCAACGACGACCACUUCACCACAAAAAUCAACGACGACCACUACAACAUCAAAACAAACGUCGACCACUGAAACAUCAAAACUAACUAAUACAAGUGCUACACAAAAAUCAACUACAACCACUGCUACAACAAAACCAACAACAACCACUGCAUCACUUAAUCCAACGACGACCAAUGCAACACUAAAGCCAACGACGACCAGUGCAACAUUAGAACCAUUUUCAACUUCGACAACAAUCACGACCACUACAACACUUCAGUCGACAACGGCCACUCCAUCAAUUGAACCAAAAUUAACCAGUGAAACAUCUGAAACAUCAAGACCAACGCUUACUACUACAAUUAGACCAACCACCAACACUACAACUCUAAAACCAACAACUACCACUACGGCAAUAAAUCCAACGACAAACUCAACACAACCAAUACCAAGGAUGACUACUACACCAUUUAAACCUAUGACGAAAACUUCUACACAAAAGCAAUCAUCGACCAUUAAAACAUCAAAUCUUACAUCAACGACCACCAACAUCGAACAUAACAGCAUCAAUACCAAAAACGACAACAACAAGGUCAAUACUUACAAAGACCAGUUCAACAAAACAACAAAUUACGACCACUUCAACCUCAGAACCAACGCCUAA